AACGAUCGUUAUCCUCUGGCCUUUAACGCGUUCAUUUGCUAAUUGAGAGAACUUUAUUAUUAACGCUAUACGUCGGUGAAUAAUCCGCGCAGGAAGCUUUUAAUAAUUAUUAUUUUAUCUCAUGUUAUAUAUCAAUAAAUAAUUAUUGGAUAAAAUGUUUUAGGCGGGAAUUAUUAUCUCAUUACGAUUAUCUAUCGGUGUAUUGUUUAUUAAUUUUGUCUUCCUUCCAGCUUUUCGACAUUAUCCUUUUAUUUUUGUAUUCGCAGUUAGUUAUAAAUGUUUAUUAAACUUUUACGAGAUACUUUUUAGAUCAAAGAAUUAUUCGUAUUGAGAAAAACAGAAGAUUGUAAAGGUAUCCGAUGAAACGCAGUGAGAAAACCAGUAAGAUGGUAUUCAAACAAUUUUUAGUGGUUAGAACAAAUUGUAAUAUGGUUAAUAUCGUUUCAAUGUAUUAGAAUAUUCUUCGAUUGAUUCUAUCGUGUAAUCUCAGACACGAACCACGUGGUUCGUGCCCAUUCUAAAUUCAAAUCCUUUUAAUAAUCUCACUAUUUAACUCAAUUUGUUUACUUGAAAAUUUAAAAUGUACACACAAUUCAAAAGAAAUAUUAAAAAAAAAAUAUCAAUUCCCGAAUAACCUAUUUUCUAAUUUUCCAAAUGAAAAUUAUUCCACUAUUAAGGUAAUUGUUUUGAUUCGAGUUUCUCAGCUGCUUCCAAGAUUCGAGGUAUUUCAAGAUGGAGGAACAAGAGUAUAUCGGUUGUGAAUUACAAGGAAUUCUCGAGGAAUUCACGAGAAUCAGAGACGCGUACCUCGCGUUGAAAGCUUAUUGUGAAAUGCAAGAGGAGGCUACGUCGAUAGAAAAAGCACGUUCCGAGAGGUUACAGAUGAAUUUGGAGAAACUUUCCACGACCUAUCUGCUUCUAGAAAAUAGAUACAAGUCAAUCGUUGAAAAAUUGCAGACUGAAAGGGACGAUCUUCGUAAAACAAAUGAAGAGCUGAAGGAACAGUGUGAUCAUUUGCGUCUGAUCAAUGCGGAAGAUCGUGGUGGAAACAACAACCAAAUAUGCAAAUUGCAAGACGAACUGGAAGUUUUAAAAGCCCAAUUAGUGAUGCAGGAAGAGAAACACAACGAGAACGUCGCAUUGCUAAAGCAGCAACACUUUGACGAACUACAGAGAUAUAGAAUGUUGCUGCAGAACGGAAAACAGGCCUCCACAUCUAGAGAAUCUAAGAAGAGAGAACGUACAAAGAAUUUGGGAAAGAAUAGAAAGAAGGUGUCUUUCUUUAGAUGGCCAGAAUUGGACAUAGAAACAAUCAAUAGCGUGCCAUUGGAGGCGCGCAACGACAAUGAAGCUGGAAAUAGAAACUGUGCUACGAAGAAGAGGAAAUUAUUUCACGAAGACAGAGACAUUAUAAUAGAUAUUCCUUAAAAUAGGUAUUUAGCAUUUAUUAUUUUUCAUACGAGACACAACUAUACUACGAUUGAUAUAAAAUACAUUAAUUUACUGUAUUUGUAUUAAAUGAAAAGUUAGCUUCUGAUUUUCGUAUACUCGAGUAAAUUAAACUAUGAAUAAUUUUUGGUUCGA